UGACAGCCUGACUCGGCGAGUCUGGUGACGCCGUUCUGGUUUGACAACCACCCGACAGCCAAUCCGGAUCCAUAUCGAGCAGGAACGGAGGGAAGCAACAAAAUACAAAUUUCCCUUCCUGUGGGUGAAAACGUUACCUGCCCGCUGCUCCGUGUUUCAGGUAAAGGGAAGCAGGAGACAAGGCAAUGGCCCUGUCGCAGUGCCUGGACGAUUCACCUCUGAGAUUGGGUCCAAAACCCCGCGGGACAGACGAGCUGAACCUGCAGGAAGUGUACAACGAGAGGCACCGGCUGGCUCUGGAGGAGCUGCUGUCCGGGGGUCUUGCUAACUUUCUGGACUUCCUUGUGCGAGAGAGGAUCCCCAACUUUCUUUCGGAUGACGAGAUCCAGCGGAUCAGGAGCGCCGCCGUGCCGCCGCGGUGUUCGUCCCUCCACGGAGACGAACAGGCGCUGGAGCAGUCUCUGAGCAGCACCCUCGACUGCUCCUCCGUCACUUACUUCCCAGAGGUGUCGGACGUGGAGCCGCCGGUGCUGGAGAUCGGGUGGCCCGCCUUCACCGCGGGCUCCUACAGGGGAGUGACACGGGCCGUGGCACACUUCCAGCCCAGCUACGGAGAAUGCAUUUACAGCUGCAAGGAGGCUGCAAGGCGCAUGAUUAAAAGUGCCAGAGAGGUGAUUGCCAUAGUUACAGACUCCCUGACAGACCUGGAUAUCUUUAAGGACCUUCAGGAGGCCUGCUCCCAGCGCAGAGUCCCUGUCUACAUCCUGCUGGACCAAUCGUGCGCCCCAGCUUUCCUUAAGAUGUGCAGAAAUGUCAACGUUCGCCUGGAUGACCUUCGGCAAAUGAGGGUACGAACUAUAACUGGCACAACUUAUUACACGCGAUCCGGAGCAAGGAUUACGGGGAAAGUUCAUGAGAGGUUCAUGCUGGUUGAUGGAAACAGAGUGGCUACAGGUUCCUAUAGGUUCAACUGGACUGAUGGCAAACUGAACAGCAGCAACCUGAUCGAGCUUUCUGGUCAGAUAACGGAGAAAUUUGAUGAGGAGUUUCGCAUCCUCUACGCCCAGUCUCUGCCCAUAAACACUCGUGGACCUCCAAGUGUCCGCAACAGCGUCAUCUACGAGCACCUCAAGCACUCAGUUGUUUCCUCCCCUCACCUGGCUAGCGAGAAGCCCGUGGAGCCAGCGUGUCUGACCAGCACGCCCAGCCGUAAACCACGAACACUACGACUGCAGCUUCCUUGUGAACCCUCAUCUCCAGAUAAAGCCAGCCCAGAGUCGGACGCUUCAACUGUAAAUGGCGACUGGAUGGAGCAGCAGGACGUGCAGGAGGAGAUCCUGGCUGGUAGCACGACUCAGCAUUUCUCUGCAGGGCAGCAAGCGGAGAAAGAAACUGGGACCCCCAGCACCGGCUCCUGCCACGCGUCAACUCAGACGAGGCGGUUGGUGACAGACAGCGAAACCCAGACUGACCUCCAGCUCACACAACAUCUCAGUGUCAUUACUCAAACAAGCACAGGGCCGAGCCGGGACGCCUCUGCCCCCCUUGUGUCUUCCAGACAGCUCUUGCCCACCCAGGCAACUCCAGACACCACAUUAAAAGACUGCUUCCGCAAGCUGACCAGAGAGCGCCAGCACCACUACUCGACCAUCCGCUCCAAGCUGGAGCACAUGGUGACCGCCCUGUCUGAGAGGAGGGAGCUAGCCGACGUCACCAACGUGACUCAGGGGCUUGACGCUCGCGGCAGGCAGAGGAUGCACAGACUGUGUGCAGGAACCAAAUCCCAGAAUGCCUGCUGAAAGUUUGGGCAUGGGAACAUGGCCAAGAGCCAGAUGUGUACACUAAGCUUGUCUUCAGGGAUUUUAGCGGUGGCGGGUAGAGGAGGGAAAUGUUACAAAGUUUCUCUGUUCUAAAUAAAUCAUUUUGGCUUAUGUAGGCGAAGGAGAGGAGUUUCAGCUUUAUUCUCUUUGUCUAAUUUACCGCAGUGCCCUUUCUUUUUUUUUUAUUCUUUUCAUCCUUCGCCCUUUGCAUGUUGAAACAAUCUUGCGGAGAGGUAACAAAACUACAAAUGACAUCAAUGUUGCACAAAUUAUAACCAAAGACAACAUAAUAAGUGUGUCUUACUGUGACUAUUAUGAGCUAAGCUGGUUAAAGUAGAGUCAUAUCUGCUGAAGUAUGAGAGGAAAAUUAAUCUAAGCACUGUUUUUAGUUUUUUUAAAUCAAAUUUGUCUGCUGUAGCUACAUUGGAACAUGAUCCCGAGGAGCAGCUGUGCCUUGCAGAUAAAUAAAGUAGCAUUUUGCUGUAUUACUGCUUUGCUUUCACAUUUCCUACUUUUUGUUUUCUCUUUUAUCCUCAAUGCUGUUUAAAUGGGAGACAACAGAGCUCGGAAAAUAUUUGCUCAGAAGUUCCAGCGUACGCGAGGAAGCAAACCACAACUUAAGUGACUUCACAAAAACAAUGAGCACCUGCGCCUUGUGCGCCGCCGUGCCUUCAUGCAAUUAGCUGAGAGACAGCAUCUGUGAUGCUGGCACCUUUUGCUGAUUACGCCGGCAAUCACAGUCUCUGUCCAGGGUGAAUUUGGAGAAGGAGCGCCGACACAGGACACAAGUGUGGAUUAGCUUGAAUCCUAAAUAAACACUUCUUUACACACAGAUGGGAUUUUUAUAUAUAUAUAUAUAUAUAAAACUCCUCACUCCUCUGUUCCAUUUUGAUUCAUUUUCCACAGAUUCUUCUCAAUAAGUAACAGUUUAACUGAAACAACAGCUUUUUAUGUUUUAGUCACAAAAAGAAGCUGUCGAUCUGUGCAGAGCUCUAAAAAUCGAAUCGUGGCUGUUCGUGGGUUUAAUGUGUCGCUAAGCUGGGCACAAAGUGUUUCAGUCUUCAGUCUAUCUCACACUUAAGCACAAAGGUCCCACUAUAAAUCCCAAAACACGCCAAUGUCUUGGCUGUGGUAUAAAGUGUGCUCUGUUAUAAAUGUGUUACCCACACCAUGCUUUAUGUGACUAAUGUUCAACUACACUGAGAACGCAAGGUGCAACUGCUCUGCAACAGCAUGCACUGAGAAGCGGAAGGAGGCCUGUUGGAUGUGGUUUUAAUACA